AUGGCUAGAAAUCAUAACACCAUAAUGUUGGGUUUGGUUGUGUUUCUUCUUAUACAAAGCAAAGCUCAGAUUGGUGUAACUGCAAUUGAGGCUCCAGCAUCUGCACCGGCUCCUACUCCAACUCCAGUUCCUGCCCCAGCUCCAGCUCCAAGGUCAGAUUCAACCCCAGCUCCUUCUGUAAUUCCGGCAACUCCCGAUGUUCCUGUAACUCCAGCAACUCCAGAAAUUCCACCAGCUCCGAAAACGCCAGCAACACCAGCUACUCCGGCAGCUCCGGAAACUCCAUCUACUCCGGCGACUCCAGAAGCCCCUGCAACUCCUGAAACUCCAUCAACUCCAACAAUUCCUGAAACUCCAUCACCUCCUGCAACUCCAACUCCGUCUCCGUCUCCAUCUCCGGCUCCAACUCCGUCUCCAUCUCCGGCUCCAGUUCCAGUAAAUGCAACACCUCCCAAAAUUCCAUCAACUCCUGCACCUCCAACGCCUCCAGUGACUCCAUCAACUCCAGUGGCUCCGGACACUCCAGCAACUCCUACUCCGGCGACUUCUGAUCCAGCGCAUGGCACCACAGAAGGCAGUCUUAAACCAGAAGAAUGUGCUCCUCGAUGUGAAGAUAGAUGCGCAAAAACACAUCACAAAAAGCCAUGUUUGUACUAUUGUAAGUAUUGUUGUGCCAAGUGCCUCUGUGUGCCUCCAGGAACUUAUGGAAACAAAGAAGUAUGUCCAUGCUAUAAUGACUGGAAGACUGAAAAUGGAGGACCCAAAUGUCCUUGA